AUGGUUAACAUCCCAUCUCGGAGUGAGCUCACAGCUCCAUUUCGAUCAAAAGAAGCUUUUGUCAACUUUGUUAAGACAUCUGAUACGGCGGAUGGUCAGAUGAGAGUUGGUAAUGAGCGAUGGUCUAAUAAAGAUCUUGAACCGACACCACCAGAGCAUCGGAACUGGACAUGGUAUAAUUUGCCGCUGUACUGGUUCUCCAAUCAGUUUAGUCUUACAGGAUGGAACACUGGUUCAUCGCUCAUUGCUGUUGGAUUGACCUGGCAGCAAUCGUUCGUCUCGUGUGUUCUGGGCGCAUUGCUCGCAUCGCUGGUAGUCAUCUGCAUGGCCAGGCCCGGUGUCCAAUACCAUAUUGGUUUUCCCGUCCUCGCUCGAUCUAGCAUGGGAAUGUAUGGCGCAUACUUCUUCAUCUUCAUCCGAGCCAUCGUCUGCAUCGUUUGGUACGGAAUCCAAACCUUCUACGGCGGAUCGAUCCUCUCAGUAAUGCUCCGCUGUAUAUUCGGCAGCUCCUGGCAAAACUUCACCAACACCCUCAGCGAAAAUGCCGACAUCUCCUCAAAGGUCCUUCUGGCUUUCUUCCUCGUUUGGCUAAUGCAGUUCCCAUUUAUGUGGGUUCAUCCUAGAAACAUCCACUACGUCUUCACAGUAAAAGGCUUCACCAUGCCCAUCGCCGCAUUCGCCAUCUUCGGAUGGUGUAUGGCCAACGGCGGCGGCUUGAACGGCAUGAACAUGGCGUCCAAAGAAGCAGAGGCCGCUGCGUCUACGACUCCUCUCGGCUGGAGUAUCAUGUCUGGUAUCAACGUCAUCAUGGGUGGAUUAUCGCCCAUGUUGGUUAAUCAGCCUGAUCUAGCGCGAUAUUGCCAGAAGACACGCGAUGCAGGCCCUCUUCAGGGCAUUAGCGUCUUUGUAUCCUCCGUCAUCGUCUUCUUCCUUGGUCUUGCGUCGACAGCGUCUAUGCAGACUGUUUAUGGAGAGGCGUAUUGGAAUAUUUGGGAUUUACUUGACUCUAUUCUUGAUCAUCAUUGGAAUGCGGGUGCUCGUGCUGGAGUCUUCUUCCUGGCGCUGGCUUUUCUGCUGGGUGUCUUUGCGACCAACUUUGGCGCCAACUCGAUUCCUUUUGGGUCUGAUAUGACUGGUCUCUUCCCGAGAUGGCUCACUAUCCGAAGAGGGCAGAUUGUCUGCGCCAUCCUGGGAAUUUGUGUUGUACCUUGGAAGCUUAUGGCGAAUGCGCAAGCUUUCUUGUCGUUCCUUGGUAGUUACAACAUCUUCAUGGCGCCUUUGUGUGCUGUCAUCAUCGUUGACUACUUCUACGUCCGGAAAGGCAACAUCCACGUCCCAUCUUGCUACGACGGAAGCAAGCAUGGCCUCUACCACUUCUGGUCUGGUGUCAAUUGGGUUGGCUGCUUUGCCUGGAUCGGAGGAACUACCAUGGGCUUGCCUGGUCUCGUUGGGCAAUACCAGCCUCAUCUACUUUCUGAUGCAUCGCGGUACAUGUACAUGAUGGGCUGGCUUCUUACAUUCGUCACUGCUGGGGUUGUCUACACUAUCGGCGUUCAGUUCGUCAACAUCCGUGUCUUCCCUGCUGGUCGCGCAACGGCCAAGACUUGGGAGUGGCUGGCUAAGGAUGGUAGAGAGGGCUUCUACGAGGACGAGAGGGAGGGACAGGUCAUCUAUGCUCAGGAAUCACCUUCUGCGGAUAAGACUGUCGGGGAGGUGAAUGCAAAGGCAGACGAUUCGUCGCUGUGA